AUGCCACAGCUACAUGGUGCAGCUGUCUCUAGCUGUUCAUCUGGCUAUAUGAUCACCACAGCAACAGACAGUUACGCAGUAGGCGACGCUAUUCACGUCGUGGUUCGUGGAAUUUCAUCUGACACAACGUUCAGAGGAAUCCUCUUGUUCGCAAAAGACAGUAACAAUACGAUCGUUGGAAGUUGGACAACAAAUGAUCUGUUUGUUCGCAAUGUUUCUUGCGGUGGAGUUAUUCACAACUCACAAGUGGAUAAAAAUAGUGUUGAAGCUGUUUUCCACGUGCCACCUAAUCUUGUUGGCAAUAUCGAAAUCCAAGCGACUAUUGCCGAAACUGAGAGCAUCAUCUUCAUCAAUUGUUACAAAGUAACCUUAACUUCACGAGUAGUCAACGAACUGGUCACAACAAUUAGUCCUUUAACAAGUGAACCAUUGAAUACAACAGCUACCAUCCUACCGUCGAGUACCACAACGAGUAACCCUCCACCUAAUAACCAUAUAAGUGUCAAUGUUUCAUGGACAUUUGAUUCUGAGAAUGUCACAAGAGCUCAUAUGGCUAUCACCAAUCUCAUGUCAGCGGAAUGGGCUGCCAUUGCUCUUACUCAACGUGAUGACAUGGGUGAAGCUCAUGUGUUUAUUUGUCGACGACUUGCGAAUGAUACCGUCGAUGUGAACAGAUAUAUCAAUCCUAGUGGUCAUGCUCACCCUGUUCUUGCUGGAUCAGAGCAAGGUGGAACAUUUACAGCAGAACAGCAGAUAUUCGAAAAUGGUGUUGUUUAUUGUCAAUUCACGUUGUCCAAUUUUACCACUUCGCUGAGAAAAGAAGUCGAUGGCAUACGAAAACUUUCACAAUCGACUCGCUAUCAUCCGAUGUUCGCAAUUGGACAGCUCGAUUCCUCAAAUGAAUUAAAACAACAUGCAGGAAACGCGCGUACUGUUCAAUCUCGUUUUGUUCAACUGAGCCGUGCAGAAACCAUUGAAUUCAAUGUCACACGAUUAAAGAAAAAAUCCAUACUUGUACAAGCUCAUGGCAGUAUCCUAGUAUUUACAUGGAUCUUGAUCGUCUCAACUGGUAUACUUUUCGCUCGUUACUUCAAAAACUCCUGGUCGAACAAUUUAAUAUGCGAUAAAGCCGUUUGGUAUACCGUUCAUCUCACUCUGAUGAGUGCAUCUGCGAUUCUAACAGUAUUGGGCUUUAUGUUUAUAUUCGUUUACAACAAAGGUGGAUGGGUAAAGGAGAAAGAAGAAUUUGCACAUGCUAUUGUAGGGGUCAUUGUGGUUGGCUUAGCAUUUUUUCAACCAUUUAUUGCAUUGUUUCGAUGCGAACCAUCUAGUCCAUACAGAUUUUUUUUCAACUAUUUGCAUGCUUUUGUUGGCUUUGUUGCAUUUAUACUUUCAAUUACAGCUAUUGUUUUAGCUACGAUCUAUUUCACGUCGAUAUUCCUUGAUAAUACUGCUUGGAUCAUUAUGAUUGUAUGGGCAUGUUGGGUGAUAGCUAUUUUCAUUGCAUUCGAGUAUGUACAACGCAAAGUUGACUCGUCGAAAUCAUCAUCAUUGGAUAAGACACAAAGCAGUGAUACAUCCGAUAGUAUGACAAAAGAAUCUGGAAUGCCUUCUUUUCCUCUUCUGAUCAAUAGAAAUGAUGAACAAUUAACCAAUUUCCGACAACAACGAUUAAAGAACAUUCUUCUUGGAUUACAUGCACUAAUUGCUAUCGGAAUUUCUGUUACACUUGUUGUUCUGAUUUUCCAAACAGAUUAA